AUGCGCUUUCUAGGCAAGGCAAGUGCUCUAUGGGAACAGCUGUGUGCCCUUAUCCAUAAGGCUGAGGACGAAUAUGACGGGCAGCGUCUGGGGUUUUCUGGUGGAGCACUGCCCACUCCCCAGCAGUACAGGCACUUGAAAAUUGAGGAAAUCAAUGACUUUCUGCUCACACCCCGAUGGAAGGAUGCCAAAUCUGUCAAGGUCAAGAAGAAUAAGGACACUGUGGAGUUCAAGGUUCACUGCAGCAGGUACCUUUAUACCCUGGUCAUCACAGACAAGGAGCCGGCGGAGAAGCUGAAUUGGCCUCUACCCCCUGGUUUGGCAGUGAAGGACCUGAAAUGA